GUACAUUCACUUCACAUCUUGUAUAAACCCGCAAGACACACGUACACGCGCGCAGGCGCGAGCGAUUACGCCACACACAAACACUCAGUCGCUCUGGCGAACACACACGCGCACACAUACACAUGCGCGCGCACCCUCACACACGUACAGAUUCACUCUCACACGCACUCACUCACUCACUCAGUCAGUCAUUCACUCACACUACAACGAAACCAAGAUUUGUACACACACACACACACUCACAUUCGCUCGCACUCACUCACUCACUCACUCACACAUCAUUCAGUCGGGCACUGGCAGUCAUAUGCGCGCACACACGAACAUAGGAAGCAAACACACGCGCGCGCACACAGACACAGACACACACACUUGCCGCACAUAGACAUACAUAACAUGUACACGUACAAACACACACGUCGGUUCGUACCAACUCUGUAGAACCAGCAUCACUAAGGCGACGUCUCAUUGCCAACUUUGCAUCAGUAUUUCUCAGACCGCUUUACAUUCUGACCGGACACGGACGGAUUCCUUGGCUGUUUCUUUUAAUCGCAUUGGAUAUUUCUUCCUUGACUCGUAAUCUUCUCCAUGUAAAUAUAUAUAUAUAUAUAUAUAUAUUAUAUAAUAUAAUAUAUAUAUAUCUUAAUUACACAUACACACACACAUAUAUAUAUAUACAUGUAUAUAUAUACAUAUUUCAAUCGCAUAUAUUAAUAUAUUUUCUAUGUUUAACUGGUUUGUUACCGUCUUCACGACGUUAAUCUAACGCCUUCUAUAUCUAUAUCUCUAUAUAUACAUAUAUCUAUAUACAUAUAUACACUUUCUAUAUGUAUAUAGUAUAUAUUAUACACAAAUCGACUAAGUUUAUAUGAAAUCUGGAGGAGUUCCUGUUAUUAUUUGUCUUACCUUAAAACACCAAUUUGGAAGUGGUGAUUUGAAUAUCAACCACUCUAUAUUGUGUUCGAGUGGAACCCUAGAACCUCCAAAAUUUUGACAACAACGGAAAUGGGAAGAAAAAAGAUCCAAAUUUCCAGGAUCGGCGAUGAAAGGAAUCGGCAGGUAACGUUUACAAAGCGAAAGUUUGGGCUGAUGAAGAAAGCCUAUGAACUGAGUGUUCUAUGCGACUGUGAAAUAGCACUGAUUAUUUUCAACAGUGCUAACAAGUUAUUCCAGUAUGCCAGUACCGAUAUGGAUAAAGUACUGCUCAAAUAUACAGAGUACAAUGAGCCCCAUGAAAGUAGGACUAACAAGGAUAUCAUUGAGAGUAUCGAUUGGCCUCAGGCGUUGAACAAAAAGGAACACAAGGGCUGUGAGAGUCCAGAACCAGAUCAUGAACAAUACAUGCUGGGACCGCGCUCAGAGGAGAAAUAUGGCCGCAUCAACGAGGAAUACGCAAGAGUCAUGCAACAGAACUCCAUACGGGCAAGUAUGCAGCAGUACCCAAAUGUGUCGAUGCCUGUCAGUGUACCUCUACAUAACCCUGGCUACAUGGUCCAGUCUCCGAUCACUUCCUCGCUGGCUCAAAAUUCAUCUAUUAGUAGCACAACAGGUCUGCUUCAACCACAUGGGGUUGGACCCAGUGUCAGUCCAAGACCAAAUUCCACAGGUGGAAUGGUCGAUCUCAGUACCUCUGCUGCUAAUAGCUAUCAGCAGAGAUCUUCGCCCAGCACAUCUCCUGGGGUCUUGUCGAACAAGGUUAUGACCAAACAGUCUCCGAAUUCACAGCAGAGACAGACCCAUAACUUGCGAGUCAUGAUACCAAACUGCAGAGGAGAUAUGAUGAAUUCAGAGUCACAACCAAGGAACACCAAUGUGCUUGGUACCUCGAUAGGAUCAAUGACAAAUCCUGGAAUGCCAGGUUCCAGUUAUCCGUCCGCGCUUCCAAACUCUUUUCAGCCAAACAAUCACAACCAGAUGUAUGUUGACCGCACACAAGGAUCUCCAGAUUACGACUUUGCUCUCAAUACUGAUCUAAGCGGUAUGACCAAUUACAACCACUGGGGAAGCCAAGGUCCGCAGCCUCCGCCUGGAUCUUUACAAAGCAAUAUGCAUAUAAAUACAGGUGAAGUACCAUGGGAACGGUUCAUGGAGCGACACUUUGAGCUGAAGAGUAGCAGACCAUUAUAUGUCUAAUUUCUGACUUUUAGUGCCUAACUUAUAAGUUUGCACUUCCUCAAGAUGGCCUAAAAAAAAAAAAAAAAUUAAAAAAAAAAAAAACACACACACACACACA